GGUUCUCCGACUUCCGCUCUCAGAUACUUCUGAGGUGCGGCCUUCUUUUUUUGAGCUUUGUUUUCGUUUCGAGCGGGGAUACGGCCCUCGUGUGGUGGCUGCCAGUUUCGAAGCAGCAACUUUGAUGAAUCAAUGGAUGACGUGGUUCACCAAUACAAACAUAUGGUUAUUGGGGAUGACAAGGAAGAGGUGUUCUUCGAUGAAGAAGAUGAAGGAGAGGUUUCGCACAAAGGUACGGCUGAUUUUCCUGUGGUUGGAGUAAUUCUGACUGAUCGAAAAAUAAAAUUUCAAAUUUUCAAAGAAUUGAUGGCCUCGUUGUGGAGACAUGUGAAAGGUGUUUCAAUUCAGAAAAUUGGCGACAAAAGGAUGCAGAGAGGCAAGAUUGGAAGGAGACUACAGACACUAGAAAUAGCUCUAUCAAGGAAGGGAACUCAGUUAGUCCAGAGGAGACUUCGGGGGAGCCUAAGCAAAGAAGAACCUGGGAGGAAGGGAGACAGGAUGCUAUCACAGAGGAAGGCAUGGCACUUGACGGACAAAAAAACGGAGCGGUGGCAGACCUCCUGUAGGUCCGCCGAUCUAUGUUGGGUGUCGGAGAAGAUCAAAGGAGGCGUCGGUGGAGAUGCUCCUGGCUUUGGAGAAGAAUAAUUAUUUUAUUGCUAUUUUAUUUUGGUUGUUGUUGAUCAGACUACGUUUUUUCUGUUGUUUUUCUUUCAAUGGUAAGACUCUUGCAUUAGGAUCGGGUGAGUUUGGGUCUGUUUCAAUCGUCUAUGGCUCAGGUUUGCCCAUUAAUGGAUCAGCGAGUUAUAUUGCUUGUUUGAAGCUGAUUAACUCCAAGUCUGGUUCGCGGGCUGACGGUUGGAUGUGGCUCUUUACUCUUUUUACUCCCUUUCUAAAUGCUAAUGCCUUGAUAUCAAUUUAAGCCCCC